AAACAGACUAACAGAGUGAGGACACAAGGACGGUGACCAAGCAGAGUGACGACGACGCGACAAUCAAGUCCGUAGCUCCGGCGGUAGACUUUGAUAUGGCUUUAGCUCGUCUGUGCCUCAACAGGGCCAUCGCUGGCCGCGCGCAGGCGCUGGCGAGGCCGGCGCUCGCCGCAGCCCCGGCGACAGAUCCGAAACUUCACUCGCUUCUCUCAACCUCGGCAGCCGACUCUGCCGCCUCAGGCGAGGCAAACCGCCGAGAUGUCGCCGUGUCGGAGCGCUCCGCCCCCAAUCGCCGCUGGGCAUGGCGAGACCUCCGCGACUUCACCCCGUUCAGCCUCGUGGACGGUCUCGGGAGCGCGCUGUCGCAGGUGGCGGAGACCCUGGGCCGCCCGCUGGAGCGCCUGGCGCCGUCGCGGCUGCUGUCCGGGAAGGUGCGCGAGGACGAGGCGCGGUACCGGCUGCGUUUCGAGGUGCCGGGCCUCGGCAAGGGCGACGUGCGCGUGGCCGUGGAGGACGGGGUGCUGGUCAUCGAGGGCGAGAAGCGUGAGCACGGGGAGGAGGGCGACGGCGGCGAGUGGUGGUCGACCAGCGGGUACCACGCCAGCCUGCUGCUCCCGGACGACGCGCGCGCCGAGGGGAUCACCGCCGAGGUGAAGGACGGCGUGCUGUACGUCACCGUGCCGCGCACCGGGGAGCGCAAGCGGAACGUCACCGAGGUGAAGGUGCAGUGAUGCGUGUCGUGUCACUCAACUCUUGUGAGUGCUUCUUGUUUGUGAGCCCGUGACUGUUGUGUAUUUUCUCCGGAAAUAAAAUACGUAUCGUGUAC